CAGUGACAGCUGGUAUAACAAUGGCCAUUGAUACUAGGAUGUUGCUGAUCCAGUUUUUCUUCCGCCGUAUACCUUACUUGAGAUGCCUUCUCAAACAAGAGCAUUGUUCGAGCUCACCAGACUCCACUGGUUUCCAGUAGGGUGCGACUUUAUGUUCUGGCCUUUCGGUUGGGCCUUCCUGUCUGCAGCCUAUCGUCUGGCGUUACCAGUGAACGAAGUCAUCAGGACUACUUCAUUUUUUGCAUUGCUGGCCAUACUGGUGCAUAGCGCAGGCUGUGUUCUAAAUGACAUGCUUGAUUGCGAUCUUGAUCGCAAAGUCGAACGCUCGCGAGGUCGACCGAUCGCAUCAGGAGUCGUCAGUACGACAAAGGCUUCAAUGCUUCUGUCUGUUCUCAUUACCGCCCUUUUCUACUUGUUUUCUACUUGUGGCACCAAAGCUUUCACACUCGGCGUCGUUGCAUUCCCCGUUUGCAUCGCGACGUAUCCGCUGAUGAAGCGUUGGAUGAAUUGGCCUUCUUUGUUCCUCGGUUUUGCUUCUAGCUGGGCCGUCCCAGGAACGUGGGUUGCAAUGACUGACAAUUAUAAUUGGGGUAUAAUCUUAAACAUAGCAAUUGCGUCGUGCUGCUGGACUUGUAUCUACGAUACCAUUUACGCAUGCCAGGACAUAAAGGAUGAUGAGAAGGCCGGAAUCAAAUCCAUGCCAGUUCAUCUGGGCAAAGCCAUUCGUCCUGUAUUGACUUUAUUCGAUGCAACCUUCUUUGUAUGUCUUUUGUGGGCUGGUUACUUGAACAACCAGCGCCUUCCGUUCUAUAUGAUGAGUGUCCUUACCCCGUUUCUCCUGUGUCUCUGGCACAUAUGGUCUUUUGAUCAUAACGAUCCAGGAGACUGCUGGAAAAAAUUCACGGCCGGUCGCCACGGCGGGGCGAUGGUUUGCGUUGGAUUGAUCGUUGAUCACCACUUCAAACUCUUGUCCAACGCUGGUUGAAAAUACAAUUUCAUUCAUUUUUGCUGAGCUCUUUGUACAUGAUUAUCGAUUAUCCUUUGGAAUUCAGUGAGGAUUUAUGUAAUUGCAACAGAUGUAAUACUCGCUCACCGCCAAUGGUACAGUCACCUGGUGUUUAAUCGCUACUAACACACGAGAAUUUGACAUAUCUUUGAAUGUAUCUCCGUGCGCAAGUUGACAAUGA